CGCUAGGACCCGACUAACGACUUGUAGCGCGAAGGCCAGUUAUUGCAGUGUCGCUCCACGUGCCAUACAAACGCCGUAAAAAUGGCUCAAGCGCUGAAGAAUUUAUCGGUUCAAGUGCUUAAAAACAGCAAUGUUGAAGCCAUCGGCGCGGCUGCGGCGAGAGCCAGCCACUGGUGGAGCCAAGUACAGAUGGGCCCUCCGGACGUGAUCCUGGGCAUCACGGAGGCCUACAAGCGAGACACUGACAGUCGUAAGGUGAACCUCGGCGUCGGAGCCUACCGCGACGACAACGGACAGCCCUUUGUUCUGCCUUCCGUUAAGAAAGCCGAGGAAGUACUCUACGGCAAAGGCCUGAACCACGAAUACGCACCAAUCGGUGGCGAGGCGAGCUACACUGACGCUGUGGCCAAGUUGGCCUUCGGUGACAACAGUCCCGUCUUGGCGGAUAAAUCCAACGCCACUGUACAGACCCUAUCCGGAACCGGCGCCCUGCGGCUUGGCUUCGAGUUUCUCGUCAAGCACUACGGCGACAAGGAAGUGUGGAUGCCCAACCCCACUUGGGGCAACCACCCUCAGAUCUGCAACACCCUCAAGAUCAACCACAAGAAGUACCGCUACUACGACCCGAAGACCUGCGGACUGGACUUCCAGGGUGCCCUUGAAGAUAUCAACAAAAUCCCCGAUGGCUCGGUCAUCCUGCUACACGCGUGUGCCCACAAUCCCACCGGUGUCGACCCCAACAAAGAGCAAUGGAAGGAGCUUUCUCAGCUAAUCAAGAAGAAGCACCUGUUCCCGUUCUUCGACAUGGCGUACCAGGGUUUCGCUACUGGCGACGUAAACAACGACGCCUUCGCAGUCCGCCAGUUCGUACAAGACGGACAUCAGGUCAUGCUGGCACAGAGCUUCGCCAAGAACAUGGGUCUGUACGGCGAGCGUGCCGGCGCCCUGACCAUUUGUUGUGGUGACGAGAACACCGCCAAGAUCAUCAUGUCCCAGCUCAAGAUCAUGAUCCGCGUCAUGUACUCCAACCCUCCCCUGUAUGGCGCCCGCAUCGUGCAGACCAUCCUUAACGACCAGAAACUCAAGGAUUUGUGGUUGAAGGACGUAAAGCUGAUGGCCGACCGCAUCAUCACGAUGCGCAAGGAGCUCCGCGCCGGCGUGGAAGGCGCCGGCUCCAAGCUGCCCUGGCAGCACAUCACCGACCAGAUCGGCAUGUUCUGCUUCACCGGCCUCAAGCCCGAACAGGUGGAGAAGCUGACCAAGGACCACCACAUCUACCUCACCAAGGACGGCCGCAUCUCCGUCGCCGGCCUGUCCAACAAGAACGUGCACUACGUGGCCGAGGCCAUCCACAAAGUUACCGCCUAAGCAUAUAACCUGUAGUGUGUCACACCACAUGCCUUUACUUACAGUGCUCACAGAUAUAAGUUACACCUUACAUUCAGGAGUGAAAAGAGGUAGGUUGCCCCUUGUAAGUCCCGCGGACGCUAUAUCGGAUGCGAAAUGAUAAUCAAAUUUCAACUCUAAAAUUAAAUCCCUAACGUAGUUGGUUGUCUGGCAAAUAAAGACCCUUGGGCAGGGGUUAAGAUUCCAAUUUUGACAACAAGAUGACAGAACUUCUAACCUCUAAUGUUUAAGGAACUUGAACUUAAGGCAGCACUUGCUUUUUUUAGAUAAUAAAAUGUCAUAUCCUCAAACACGCACUAACUUGACUGAAGGAAAUUAUUAAGUAACUUAUAUAUGUGUACGUGCUGUAAUGAGGUCCGAAUAGGUAGUGCGAUAUUAUGUACAUAGUAAGUGAACAGUGAAAUGUAAAACGCGGUAAUGAUUACUUUGUAAAUCGUGGUUAUGUUAGUUAUCAACCGGUAUCGAGGAAAAGGUUCCCAGUUUGAGAACUGAUGCUGUAGUUGAAUUUAACGAACAUUACAAAGGGUGUAGUAUGUUUAAAUCAUUGUUGCAGAGAUGUGAAUCAAUUAUUAUGUAUUUUUAUAGUUUUUACGAAUACAUAAAAUGGCACUCUUUUCGGCGACCUUUGCUAUUAUACUACUGAAUUGUACACAGUACCGAAAGAACACAGUAUUUAUUCAUAUAUUUUCGAUUGAUUUUUGAGAUUUCUAAGACACUCGAGUAUAACUUGAAUGUUACUCUAUUAUUUUAAUUUGUAUGUUUGUUGUUUAAAUAUAUAAAAGUCUAAAAU